AUGGAGCGCGUAAUAAGAGAGUUGGAGUCGGAAAGAGCCGCCCCAGUCGCCGGGGAAGCGGGCGGUCAGUACGGGCUCCCGCGGCCCCGAGGCUCCGAGCGACCGCCUCCGGACCCUGCGUGGACCCGACCUGCGCGCCCCCGCCCCGCAACGCCCCGGCCCCCCGCCCGGCGCCGCCCAUGGCCGAGGCCCCCGCGCCGCCUCGGCCUGGGCCCCCCGCCCGGGGACGCCCCCCGCGCGGAGUUGGUGGCGCUCACGGCCGUGCAGAGUGAACAGGGUGAGGCGGGCGGGGGCGGCUCUCCGCGUCGCCUGGGCCUUCUGGGCAGCCCCCUGCCGCCGGGCGCGCCCCUCCCUGGGCCGGGCUCCGGCUCGGGCUCCGCCUGCGGCCAGCGCUCCUCCGCCGCGCACAAGCGCUGCCGCCUGCAGAACUGGGUCUACAACGUGCUGGAGCGGCCCCGUGGGUGGGCCUUCGUCUACCACGUCUUCAUAUUUUUGCUAGUCUUCAGCUGCCUGGUGCUGUCUGUGCUGUCCACCAUCCAGGAGCACCAGGAACUUGCCAACGAGUGUCUCCUUAUCUUGGAAUUCGUGAUGAUCGUGGUCUUUGGUUUGGAGUAUAUAAUCCGUGUCUGGUCAGCUGGAUGCUGUUGUCGCUACAGAGGAUGGCAGGGCCGCUUCCGCUUCGCCAGGAAACCCUUCUGUGUCAUCGACUUCAUCGUGUUCGUGGCCUCGGUGGCGGUGAUCGCCGCAGGCACACAGGGCAACAUCUUUGCUACGUCUGCGCUGCGCAGUAUGCGCUUCCUGCAGAUCCUGCGCAUGGUGCGUAUGGACCGCCGCGGUGGCACCUGGAAGCUGUUGGGAUCGGUGGUCUACGCGCACAGUAAGGAGCUGAUCACCGCCUGGUACAUCGGGUUCCUGGUGCUCAUCUUCGCCUCUUUCCUCGUUUACCUGGCUGAGAAGGAUGCCAACUCUGACUUCUCCUCCUAUGCCGACUCGCUCUGGUGGGGGACGAUUACACUGACGACCAUUGGCUAUGGCGACAAGACGCCACAUACAUGGCUGGGCAGGGUUCUGGCUGCCGGCUUCGCCUUACUGGGCAUCUCCUUCUUUGCCCUGCCUGCCGGCAUCCUGGGCUCUGGCUUUGCCCUGAAGGUCCAGGAGCAGCAUAGGCAGAAACACUUUGAGAAGCGGAGGAUGCCAGCAGCUAACCUCAUCCAGGCUGCGUGGCGCCUGUAUUCCACUGACACGAGCCGGGCCUAUUUGACAGCCACCUGGUAUUACUAUGACAGCAUUCUCCCGUCUUUCAGAGAGCUGGCCCUCUUGUUUGAGCAUAUACAACGGGCCCGCAAUGGGGGCCUACGGCCCCUGGAGGUGAGGCGGGCGCCAGUACCUGAUGGAGCACCCUCCCGCUACCCGCCCGUUGCCACCUGCCACCGGCCGGGCAGUGCCUCCUUCUGCCCUGGGGAAAGCAGCCGGAUGGGCAUCAAAGACCGGAUCCGAAUGAGCAGCUCCCAGAAGCGGACAGGCCCUUCCAAGCAGCAUCUGGCACCCCCACCGAUUCCCACCUCGCCAAGCAGUGAGCAGGUGGGUGAAGCAUCCAGCCCCAGCAAGGUGCAGAAAAGCUGGAGCUUCAAUGACCGCACCCGCUUCCGGGCCUCUCUAAGACUCAAGCCCCGCUGCUCUACUGAGGAGGGCCCCUCGGAGGAAGUAGCUGAGGAGAAGAGCUACCAGUGUGAGCUCACGGUGGAUGAUGUCAUGCCCGCUGUGAAGACAGUCAUCCGUUCUGUCAGGAUUCUGAAGUUCCUGGUAGCCAAAAGGAAAUUCAAGGAGACACUGCGGCCAUACGAUGUGAAGGACGUCAUCGAGCAGUAUUCAGCGGGACACCUGGAUAUGCUGGGGCGGAUCAAGAGCCUGCAAGCUCGGGUGGACCAAAUUGUGGGUCGAGGGCCGGGGGACCGCAAGACUCGGGAGAAGGGCGAUAAGGGUCCAUCAGACACGGAAGCAGUGGAUGAAAUCAGCAUGAUGGGGCGCGUAGUCAAGGUGGAAAAGCAGGUGCAGUCCAUCGAGCACAAGCUUGAUCUGCUGCUGGGCUUCUACUCCCGCUGCCUACGCUCUGGCACCUCGGCCAGCCUGGGCACCGUGCAAGUGCCGCUCUUCGACCCCGACAUCACCUCGGACUACCACAGCCCUGUAGACCACGAGGACAUCUCUGUCUCGGCACAGACGCUCAGCAUCUCUCGCUCAGUCAGCACCAACAUGGACUGAAGGGCUUCUCAGGGGCGGGGCAGCCUUCGGUUUGCCCCUCGGACUCACCCCGAGGCCUCUGGACUCCUCUCUUACUUGAACUCGCUCCCUGCCAGGGAGAGAGGCCAUACGCAGUAUUGAGCUGUCUGGGUGGGCGAGAUACCCGAUGCCGGGUGCCAGCGCCCCAGGAGCAUGAAAUGCCAGGCCACGUGGUGGGCCACAGCAAUGGCUGACCGGAGGCCUCUGGGCGGUCCCGGACCCUGCCCGCUCCAUCAAGGCGCAAUGUGGCCCGCCUGGCAGGGGCUCUGCCCGAGGAAUGUGAGCAGAGCGCUGGGGCCGCGUCCCCGACCCAGCUUCUAGCUAUGCAAGGUGAGGUCUUCAGGCCCGCCCUUCCAGGCAGAGCAGGGAAGCCCUCCUGCCAAGCCCCGCCCCACCCGGGGACGGGCCCAAGGUGCCCCCACAGGUGCCCACAAAGCACAGGACUCUGCCAUAAGGUAGAUGGGCAUCAUAUAUGCAAACUAUGUUAAAUAUGCAACUUUAGGGACCCCCAUGGGGUUCCUCUGCCCCUCCCUCACUGGGAGAUGGACCCCAGCAGUAGCUGGUCUCAGGCUGCUUGGCCAUAUUCCACCCCCAUUCUUUGACUUAUCAUCCAUCCUCACCCAGCAUGGGGCCUAAACCUCUCUGUCCUCUCACGAGGGCAGUACCCGGGCCCUUUGCCCCUUUGGAGGUGUCACCUCAGGGGCUUCCUCUUGCUGCUGGAUGUCCAUUCCCAUCGGCACUCCAAACAGUUUUGACAGCACUAGUUUCUGUAUUUUCUCCAAACCUACCAGACAGUGGCCGACCACCAGAAACCACAAGCAUGGCCCUUUUAUUUCUCCAGCAGAAUGUCGCACACACUGAUGCACACGACACCACGCACACUGAUGCACACGACACCACGAACAUCGAUGCACACGACACCACGCACACUUGAAGGCGUGAACACAAAGCCACUUGAUCUUUCCCGGGCAGAACAGGAGGAUUUAGAGCACCCACAUGUCUCCCCAGGCCCUGCCUCAGAGUUUGACUUGCUCCCCUCCUCAAAAAAAGGUUCCAGGAGUCCUCUGGUUGCCCUAAGGACUACCUUGGUGUCCCCACAGUGUAACUCAGGCCUAGUCUCAGCGAGGACACAUGCAUCCAGUGCUACAGCCACUGCACCUGGCUCUCACGGGCACCGGUCUCUGCCCCACUUUCUCGUUUCUAUUGGCAGCACAGCAUAUUGGCACAAAUGCCCAAACACUGCAGGCCCCAUCACCCGUUUUAGGUCCCUACCCUUCUGUCCCUCUCCUGCUAAGCUAAUGCAGGUGGCAAGAGAGUGAGGGGUGGGGUUCCAAUGAUAACACUCUGGGGGGUGAUGGGAAUAAGGGGUUGAGGCCGAACUGUCUGCAUCUCAUACUGGGACCUGCAUGUACCAGUGCCAGGGCUUGGGUUGAAUCCUGCUCAACCCUAUGGUGCCCAAUCUCUGCCCUGCCAUCUGCAUGUACCAUCAUGCCCUGGAGGGAGCGCAUCCUGGCUCUCACUUCACUCGCAUUGUAUUGCCCCCUGGGGAGCCCCUCCACCACCUCAGAGAUGAAGUUGUACAGAGGGUGUGGAGAAUAAGGUUAUCCUGUGACCAAAGGAGACAUGGGAAGAAGCCCCCCACUUCCGCGACCGAGGGUCCCCCACCAACCCGGUUCUCAGAUAUGCAAGUACCUCACUUUGUUAACUUAAUUAACUUAUGGGUUUCAUUAAAGUUUUCAGUAGGAA